CAGCGAUGAACAUAGUGUUUGCUUCUUUUUUAGAUUGAGAAAAACAGAAAUUAAUUGUGAUAGCGCUAUCAUCGUUCUGAACCAAAUACAGGAAAAUAUAGAUAUGGCUUAUAAAACGUCUUUACCGAGUCAAUCAUCAGUGCUUAUCGAAUGGAUGUGGCAGUCCAAUCCCGAUCCGUGGUCAAAUUCGCAGCAAUCCGAAUGGGAUCAUUAUUCGGACGUUGAAAAUCUCAUUAUCGAAGAAGCAUUCUCAACAAAAAGAAAAAACGUUCAGCUAGACGACUAUUAUAUCGAUUUUGAAUGUAGCCUUCAAAUAUCUAACAAUGAUCAAAACAAACGAAGACCUGUGAAACGAAUGAUCUACAGUGGAGAAGAGAAACACAUAAGAAGAGAACGCUUUUUGUCGGAUUCGAUAACUGCGAUUCGUUCCUUCGGUGAUCAGUAUGGUUGGGUGCCACCCUUCACUUUAGAAGUGCGAAAAUAUCUCGAACUGGAACCAGAACAAUUACCAUCGCAUGACGGAGCGAUUGUGCCGUCAGUUGUUGAGAUAGCAGCUUCUGGUAUAAUCGAAGAAAGUAAAGAAAUUGGAAAACGAUGUGAAGGGGAGAAAUUGGCUCAAUUGCUGUUGGAACAGAAAAACAAAGGAAUACAGGAAAUAUGGAAAACCUGUGCUUUUCUCUAUACAAUGGAUAGUUUUCUGUAUAGAAAGUUAAACGAGGUCAUGAGAUUGGUAGGCAGCAACGAACAUGAACUGACCUGGCGGAGUAAAAUUCCCACACUGGGACCUUUUUGUCUUCUACUCUGGGACGAUCCUCUUCACAAUAAUCUAAACGCCAAAACGACACUCUACCGUGCAGCCAAUCUAUCGGACGAUCAAAUUGACAGUUACAAGGAUUUGUACAACUCGGGUAACUACGGUUCAUUUCAAGCAUUUACUUCGUGCACUCGGAAUAUUGAAGUAGCCAAGUUUUACGAUAGUAAUACUUUGUUCAUUAUGGAUAUAAACUUCGCUUUCACUGCGGAUGUUAGUUCAUUAUCAAAAUAUCCUGAUGAAGAAGAAGAACUCAUUUCACCCGGUGUAUCAUUCACAGUUCAAGGUGUGGAGCUUGAUGAAGAUACAAAGAAACAUCAGAUAUACUUAGAUAUAGUACAAAGGUUUACGAGUAAGUAGACGCAGUUUAAUGCAUAAUCCAUGCAGAAUUUUAUCACUAUUCACAAAACUUUUUUCAUCUUUACUAUUUAUAAUCGAGUUGUAGUUAAACAAUUAGUUCAUAUAUCCGGUUGGCGUAUAAGUUCUGCACGUUUGGAUCAGUAGAAUUAUAUCACCAAUAUAAAACUACAUUUUAAGGAAAGUAAUUAUAUAUUCUAAUAGUGCUCGGAAUUCUCUAUCACCCUAUAUAUUUAAGUCUUGACUUGCAUUUAUUUGCUGAAAAAUAUUUCGAGUGCACCGAAGACACCCUCACUCUCAUUGACAAUGUUCGAAACAUUUCUCAGAAAAUAAGUUCAAGCCAACACUGAAUAUACACGAUGAUAGAGCAUUUCAAGAGCUCUCAGAACAUACAAUUACUUUUCUAAAAAAAUGGAUUACUGUAUAGAUAAAAAUUUUAAAAACAUAUGAAAAAGGAACAAAAAAUGAAGUUCGUGGAAAUCUGCGGGUGAGGGUGUCUUCAGUGUACUCGAAAUAUUUUUCAGCAAAUAAAUGCAAGUCAAGACUUAAAUAUAUAGGGUGAUAGAGAAUUCCGAGCGCUAUUAGAAUAUAUAAUUACUUUCCUUAAAAUGUAGUUUUAUAUUGGCGAUAUAAUUCUACUGAUCCAAACUUGCAGAACUUAUGCGCCAACCGGAUAGUUAAAGCUUGAUGUUUAUAAAGAAAAGUUCCUGAGAAACAUUGUGUGUCAUUCUGAAUGUGCAUUUUUGUGCAUAGAUUUAAUCUUUUUGUUGCUUAAGAAAAUUGUAUGUUGCGUAAACAAUCAAAAUAAACAUCUGCUAUACAACGAUAGAAUCUCAGAGUACAAUAACUAGUUUUCUCCUAGCAUUGGGUUCUUGUCGAAUUCAUCAGAAACUCGACAGAUAUUUCAACAUGCUGCUGCCUGGAUCCAGUCUAGAGUUGUAGUCAGAGAGAAUUUGCACACACAAUGAAAGUGGUUGUGUCAUAUUUAACAACUGUAAUUAAUAUAGAUUAUGGUGCAGCAAUUUUAAUGACGAUUGCCUUCAACAACAUAUCAUUACAUAAGUUGCCGUUACUUUGUUUGAUUUGGCUUGAAACAUCUGUAACAUUGUGAAGAGAUAGAGUAGUCUUCUGUCAUCAAUGAUAACAUCUGAAGAAAACUUCUAGAAUAAAGGUCUAUCGAUGAGUAAUGAGGCACUCAGAACAGAGCUCCGCGAGGCAAGUCCCGCACUGUUGCACACACCCCCGCAGCAUUGUCUAAACUUGCGCGGAGCACGAGCUGUUUUAUCUCAUUGUUCGAUGGAUUUUAGAAGAACACUGAAGAAAUGAAUUGACACUUGCAACAAGUUUGCACAUAUCAGGAAAAUAAAAAGGCGCGUGGUACGGGAUCGUCUCGUGGAGCUCUGACUCAGAAUGCUACACAUGUCUAUCAUCUGUCUUUAAGACAAAUUAAGUUUACGAAAUUCAAUCACUACAUAUAUUAGUAAUAAAUAUUGAUAAAGUAACAGUUGCACUAGAUUUUUUGGAGUCCAUUUGAUGAACUCAUGCUAUUUCAGAGAAGAACUCACUUCAUCUGACGCACUAGUAUUUCUCAAAAAAAUCUUUUUACUUUAGAAAAAGACGCUCAACAGCCAACAACAUUGACACAAAACAAAAAUGAUGAUCGUGAUGAAGAACUUUUUGAACAAUACUGUCUUGACGCUUAUGAUUCUUAUGAUGAGGAUGAUGAUAUUCAUCAUGAUCUUCUCAAUCCGCGUACUCCUGCUUAUUGGCGACUCAACCGUUAUAAUCGUGAUGAUAAUGUUGUCGAAUUACUCGAUUUACCUAAUGAAAUGAUCUUAUCCAUAAUGAAUAAAGUCAAACCUCAAGCGAUAUUGCCUUGUUCUAUUAUUAAUAUUGGAAAUCAUCGUUUGGAACAACUUGUUCUUGAUAAAUGUUAUUCGAUUGAUCUAAGUUUUGAUUAUUAUCAUUCACCAUAUGAGUUACUUCUCAAACGAUUCUAUUCAGAUGUUUUACCUCGUAUUUACAAUAAUAUUCAAUCAUUGACAAUCACUCUUAAACAUUUAUUAUAUAUUGAUGCUGCUAUCAAAGCAAUUGAUGAUAAAAUUCUUCCUAAUUUAAGACAUUUGAAAAUAUUAGCAGGUCGUCGUCGUCAUUAUACGGGAACGCCUUUCACAAUAAGUUUUCAUUAUGACAGUGAAUUACAUCGUUCACCUCUUUUCUCAACUAUACCUCAAUCUGUCUAUAUUGAAGAUAAACUCAUUGAUCCAGUCUUAUCAAUCAUCCGUUAUUCACCACUUAUGCGGUCUAUUGACUCUUUUGAAUUCGAUCAUGAUGCUGCACUAUUAGUACCUGUCAAUAAUGAAAAAUUAUUCUUUGCUCAAUCAUAUCUUACUCAUGUAUCCGUCACAUUACGAGAAUUAUCUGAUUGUGUUCGUUUACUGAAUCAAUUAGGUUCACAAAUAUACUCAUUUACUGUAAGUAUUGUACACGUUUAUCGAGGUAAUGAAGAUAUUAUAUCUCAAUUAGAUUCAAUAUUCUGUUGCAAUUUGAAACAAUUAACAAUGAUAAUCUAUCGUAAUAUUCUAAGCUAUGAAGAACAUAUUCUUCCUCUUUUACAACAUUUAUCAAGUGUUGAACAUUUAACAUUAUUAUUAGCUAUUACAGUAAUUGGAUCAGAUCAUUUUAUUGAUGGAUAUCAUUUACAAAGAAACAUUGUUUCAUAUAUGUCUUAUUUACGUCAAUUUGAUUUUCAUAUUCGUUCAAUAUUACAAGAUGCUCCUUAUAUCGAAAUUGAUACAAUUCGUCAAAGUUUCAUCGAACAACAACAAUCUAUUGAUUGUACACUUGAUUAUUUCAAUAAUCAAUAUGGUCAAUGUCAAAUCUAUUCACUUCCAUUUAUUGGUAAUCGUCUUGAUUUUAUUUCAAAUCGAUUUCCACUUUUCGAUUUUAAAAAUACAUUUAUAAACGUUACUAUAUUAUUACUUUUUGAUGAUGUUAAAUCUUUUGAAAAUGCUUUUUUUGAACGUGUUACACGAGCUUUACCUCGUCUUCGAACACUCGAAAUAUCUAAUCAAUUAGAACAGGAAGAGAAAGUGAAUACAAUAACAACAAAUUCUACUGAAUUUUCUCACUUAUCUACACUUAUUUUACAUAAGAUUCAUAUCGAUUACGGAGAACAACUUCUUUGUCGGACUCAUCUUCCAAAUCUAGUAGAACUUGUCAUUCGUAAUGAUGUAUUAUUAACAAUAAUCGCUCAAGAUAAUCAACAAGCUAGAAAUAAUUGUUCAAAUGUUGAAACACUUUUUAUUGUUGAACCAUGGAUUGAACCAACAAAUGUUCAUUUUAAAUUUUUUCCUAAACUUUAUACGAAUGAUUUGUAA